AUGCGGGGCAGCGAUCCUUUUGAAAAAGCGCUUUUUUCCGCCCGCGCCACUUUCAUCCGCCCAUCUCGAUUCACUGAACACGUCCUGCCUUCACUUGCCCAUUACCACUUCAUCGGAGAUUAUUGUGUGACUCAAGUAUCAGGACUGACUCAUUUUCUCCCUCAGACUAGUGAAACCGUCACUAUGACUCAACCCAACCCUUACGUUCUGGCCGCCGACAACCCGGGCGCCGUCCUGACUCUGUUGCAGUCCAACCCCUCCAUCGCCUCGAACCAGGACGAGCACGGAUAUUCAUUACUCCAUGCUGCGGCUUCAUACGGACACAUCGACCUGCUACGCGCCCUUGUCAAGGACUACAACGUGGACGUCAACCUGCUCGACGAGGACGGUGAAACCUGCCUGUUUGUGACGGAAAGCCUCGACAUUGCGAAGUGCCUUGUUGAGGAAUUGGGCGUGGACUACAACAAGAGAAACGACGAGGGCCUCGCAGCCUAUGAGACUAUCGAGAGCGAUGGCUCGUUCCCGCAAAUCGCUGCUUACCUGCGGCAAGUCGCCGGUGUGCCAGAACCUGCCGCUGACUCGGCUAACGACGCACUAAACCCGGCCCCUCCGCUUCCCCCGAAUAUCCAGAUGAACCUGGGCACGGUGUCGGAACAGGAGGCGAGUGCAGGAAUGGAUGAGGUCGACCCGGAGUUCAAGCGGCGCAUCGAUGAGCUUGCGGCGCGGGGGGAUUUCCACAGCGAAGCUACGCAGAAUCAGCUGCGCCAGUUGGUCAUGGAUGCUAUUUCGGGGUCCGGCAUUAACACUCAGGAGCGGGAUGUGCGGCGCAGGACGGAUUAA